AUGAACCAUCAGAUUCCCCCGUCGGGGCCAGCGGAGCUCGCGGUGGACCCCGAAUACCUCGUUAAGGUGAACUCGUUUAUCCGCCAGCGCCGCCUCGAGCUGCUCGGCCCCGACAACAUCGCGCCCGUCUCCGCCGUGCAGGUCGCUCCGCCGCACCACCCCCCUAUCCAACCGCACCAGCACCCUAUCCAACCGCACCAAACCCCUAUCCAACCGCAAAUAGAACCCCAACACACUGCGCUGGUUGGCCCCGCCAGCAUCGCGCCCGUCUCCGGCGCGCAGGUAGCUCCGCCGCGCAAUCCAAACCCUGCCGCUUUAGCCGCCAGCGAUCCAUCUGCUCGGCGAUUCGCUCAGCCCGCUACAGACGGCUUCGGGAAUGCCGCGGCUGAUGGCGCGUUGUCCGCCGUUGGAUCGUCAACGAGGCCGGCGAUCAACGGUGCGCCGGCGGAUGGGCUAGAAGAUGGCAAUAUGAGGGCCAACGGCGGGACGAGCCUCCCUGCUGCUGCAGCAGUACCGUCAGUGACGACUGCUGCAGUACCGGCAGCCACAGCCCCUUCAGUGGCAGCUGCUGCAGUACCCACACACACAGCCCCUUCAGCUGCUGCUGCUGCUGCUGCUGCUGUUGUUCCUGCUGCCGCAGCGGUUGCGGCUGCAGCUGCUGUUACAUCGAGCGUUGCUUCUCAACCCGUCAUCAAUGCUGCUGCCACUCCUCCGACUCCCAUUGCACCGCCUCCGACCCAUCCCUCCGCGAGUGCUCACUCCGCUGCCACGUCAGCAACGACUGCUGCUCCCGUCGUGACAGCUGUCCCUACUGCCGGCGCGGACGCAGCAGCUGCGGGAUCGUCUGUUGCCACGGAACCCACUUCUGCUCCCCCGCUCAGUGCUGCUGCUACCGCCGUCCGUGUCCCAGCGCCGUCCCUGCCUGCUACUGCCGGCGUUGCUGCUGCGCGCGCCACAACAAGUCCUGAGGCGGGGCAACCCGCGCCUGCUGGCGCAGCCGUGGCUGGUGCGCUGCUGCAGCAGCCGCAGGGGUGGCAGGCGGAGGGGGACGCUGGCGCGCGCAGGCAGGGGAGCGCGCAGGGCGAUAGAAAGGCGGAUGCUUCUAACGGGAGUGUUUCUAAAGGGGGAGGUGAGGGGGGAGAGGGGGAGGAGGAUGAGGGGAGUGGUGAUGGGGAUGGCGGGGGAAGGCGAGGAGGCGGGCGGAGGGGUGGGGGAGGGAGCGGGGGAGGAAGAGGGGGCGGAGGGGGUACGGGGGAAGGGGAGGAGGGGGUGGAGGAGGCGGAAGGGGAGGCGGGUGGAGGGGGGGGAGGGGGGAGAAGGGGGGGAGGGAGCAGGUCGGCGGAUGGGGGAACGGCCCCUGGGGCUUCGGGGGAAGAGGCGGAGGGGUGGGAAGAGUAUGGGGAAGAGGGGGAGGAGGAUGGAGGGGAGUGGAUGGCUGGGGAGGAGGUUGUGGGGGAGGGGGAAGGGGAGGGGGAGGGGGAAGGGGAGGAGGAGCAGGGGGAUGGGGGCAUUGAUGAACGGGAGGAGGAGAGGAGGGAGGAAGAGGAGAGAGGGAGAGAGGAGAAGGGGCAUGAGCAGGCGAAUUCUGAGAGAAUGACUUUGGGAAACGGGGUAGGGGACGGGAGAGGGGGGUUAGAAGGGGGAGAGGGGGGAGAAGGGGGAGAAGGGGGAGACGGGGGAGACGGGGGAGACGGGGGAGAGCGGGGAGAGGGGCAAGAGUUGCGAGAGGGGGUAGUAGAGAGGGAGGAAGUGGCGGAGCAAGGGCAGGUGAUGGAGGAGGGGAGGGGAGGGGGCGACGUGGAAGAGGAGGGGGAGAGGCGAGGAGAUGAGAGGGUGGCAGACCGGGCAUUGGAAGGGACCGAGAUUGCGGGAGAGGGAGGCUUAGGAAGAGGUGAAGCAGGAGAGUGUGCUGCAGAUGAAGCGAGGGCGGAUGGGGAGUGUGGCGCAAAGAAAGAGAAUUCUGGGCCGACUCAAGAGUCGCCUGGUGCUGCGUGUACGGAUGGGGGGUGUGGGAGUGGGACGGAGGAGGAGAAGGGCGAGGGGGUGGAGCGUGAGGAGGGGGAGGAAGGAGGCGGUGGGGAGGAGAUAGCAGCCGAGGCGGGGAGUGGGGAGAAGGAGAGGGAGGACGUGGAGGAGAGAGAAGGAGAGGAGCGGGGAAGAGAAGUGAGUGAAAAUUUGGAGAGGGGUGUCGAAAGGGAGAGGCUGGGGGAAGGGGAACGGCAGCAGGAAGGAGAAAAGGAGCAGGAAGGAGUGCCGGAAAAGGAACAGCAAGGGGAGGGGGAAGGGGAGAACGGAGAGGAGCAGGAGAGGGUGGAGGAUGAUAGGCAGGAUGUGAGUGGGUCAGGAAAACCACCAGUUGAAACGAGUCGAUUGACAGAUGCUGCCUCGUGCUCUCCCUCUGCUCCUUCUCUCCCGGAGACCGCGGCAGAUGCCUCUCCGACUCCUGCUGUUGCCUCCGCUCCUCUGGCGAUAGCUGCAGGGAGUGCUGCGGCGAUUCCCGCAGCGAGUGCGGAUACAGAGGGGAUUCGUGGCAUUGCAGAUGGGUACGGUGCGGUGGGUGGCGGCAGAGAGUGCACCCCGCUGGUGGCAGAGGCAAGUGAGGAGCAGCAAUCUCACACAUUGCCAGCGAACACGCUGCACACACAGUCACAGACAGAGACAUGCGAGCAUGCGGCAGGCUGCCUUGUCCCCUCCGGCCCAGAGUCACCUUCCCUCCUCCCAGCCUCACCAGCAGCUGCUGCCGCCUCUCCUCUCCCUACUACGGCCUCUCUCUCCUCAGCCACCCCUCCCUCCGCCACACCUCCUCACCCCUCUUCUUCUCCUCUCCCCGCUUUUCCAUGCUCCCUUGCUUCUGCAACCCUCCCCUCUGGGAGUUCCUCUCCCCAGCCAACCCUCGCCCCUUCAGAGGCGUCCCCCCAGCCAGCCCUUUCCCCCGCUGCAAGCACAGCACCUGGCACCCCUCCCGCCCCUGCACUGCCAGAAUCAGCAGCAGCAGCAGCAGCAACAGCAACAGCUGAUUCCCCCCACGGGGUUCCAGACGCAGAGAAGGGCAUUCUCGGCAAGGGCCACGCGCCAUGCAGUGCGCGCCUGGGGGCUGGGCUGGUGUUGCUGCUGAUGCUGCAUGGCAUGCCAUGCCUGCUGGAGUGGGGGAUGAGUGGAGGGGCGGCCAGAGCGGAGAGGGUGGGUGUGGGGAAGGGAGGGGAGGAGGAAGGAGAAGGAUGGGUUGGAGCGACAGUGUUGGGUGCUGGGGUUGGGAAGGAGUGCGGUGUGGGGGGGAGAGGAGGCAGAGGAGGAGGAGGAGGAAUAGGAGGCAACAGUGGUAAGAGAGGAGGGAGGGGGUCAGGAGAAGCAGGGUCAGCCACGUGUGCAGCACCUGUCCACGUGUACUCCUUUGAGCAGCUCAAGCAGAUCGGGCUGCAAUCCGUCCAGUACCAGCGUGACACGUGGCGCACCAUGAAUGGCAGCACGCAGCUGGCUGUGGAAGAGCUCAUGAGGGACGUGGCAAGAGGGGGGGGCGGGGGAGGCGCAGGGGGAGGCGGAGGGGGAGGAGGGGGAGGGGCGGGGGAGAAGGGGUCACGGCGGAAAGGGCGGAAGAAUGCAGGGGGGCAGGACCAAAGUGGGAGGGGGGGGAGGGGUCGAGGAAAUGCACAUGGUGAGGGCAGCAGCAACAAUGGCAACAGCAACAGCAACAGCGGCGGUGGUAUCUGGGGCAGUCCGAGUGGGCGUGGGGGAAGUGAGGCGAUAGCCGGGACUGAGACGCACACGGCAGGCUGGGCAGCUGAGGCCAGAGGGUAUGCUGCUGCUGCCGCUGCUGCCGCUGCUUCUGAUGCUGCUGCCACUGCCGUAGGUGCUGCCGCUGCUGCUGCUGGCGCUUCUGUCACCGGUACUGCUGCUGUUGCAAUCGCAGCCACUGCUGCCACUGCUGCUACCAGCAGCGGGGAGGGUGGUGGUGGUGGUGGUGGUGGUGGUGGUGGUGGUGGUGGUGGUGGUGGUGGUGCCACAAUGGUGACUGGUGCAACAGAAGAGGCUUCUACUAUAGGAAACACUGAGGAUGCAUGCCUUUCCAGGACCGCGGAUGAUGCUACUGCCACUCCUGCCACCACAACAGCUGCUGCUGCCGCACAAACGAGGGGAGAAGAGGUGGGGGAGGCAGGGCAAGCAGGUGAUGGUGAGAUAGGCAAGGCUGGGCCGACACAGAAGAUGGAUGAAGAAGCCGGGAGCAACGCAGCCGAUGCCAAUGCUGCUGCUGCUGCUGCCACUGCUGCUGCGGGUGUUGCUUCUGCUGUUACUGCUUCUGCUGGCGUUACUGCUGGUGGCAGGUGGGAUGGUCUGAAUGUGUGUGGAACGACCGAGUCACAGCGCCGACCACGCCUAGAGGAGGAGCGGUGGGGGGGCCAGUGCGGCAAGCAGCAGGGGGGAAAGCAGGAAGCGCGGCAGCAGGAGGAGGAGUGGGAGGAGGAGGAGGAAGAAGAGGAGGAGGAGGAGGUGCAGGCGAGGGCUCUGCCGGUGUAUGGCGAACCGGACUUCUCCAUUCCUCAUCCCCUGGACGGGUUGGAGUACCUCCGGCGUGUCAGGUGGGAGCGGGAGCGCGUGCCCAAGGUGGUCGUCGCAGCAGCCAAUGAGAAGCCGCCACCUGGCGGCAAUCCCACUAGCAGCACUGACGGCAGCAGAAGCAGCAGCAGCAGCGGUGCCCCAGUGACCCUGUCUGCACGCUACCUGCCGCGAGUGGCUGCUGUGCCGGCCUGCCCCGCCCUGUUGCUGCCCUCCCCUGAGUGGCGGCAGUACGUGCAAGCCGCCUUUGGUUACCUGCGACAGUACGUGCAAGGUGCAUUUGGGCACCUGCGCCAGGUGGGUGCCUUUCUGCUGCGCCAGCUAGAUGUUUCCCUGCCGCUCGAGGUGGGUGCUGCUGUGCAUGGCAUGGCGCCAGGUGGGUGGGUGCUGCUGUGCAUGGCAUGGCGCCAGGUGGGUGGGUGCUGCUGUGCAUGGCAUGGCGCCAGGUGGGUGGGUGCUGCUGUGCAUGGCAUGGUGCCAUGUGGGUGCUGCUCUGCAUGGCAUGGUGCCAUGUGGGUGCUGCUGUGCAUGGCAUGGUGCCAUGUGGGUGCUGCUGUGCAUGGCAUGGUGCCAUGUGGGUGCUGCUGUGCAUGGCAUGGUGCCAUGUGGGUGCUGCUGUGCAUGGCAUGGUGCCAUGUGGGUGCUGCUGUACAUGGCAUGGUGCCAUGUGGGUGCUGCUGUACUAGCCUCGAAGGCGUUGACGAAUCACGAGUCGCCACGUGUCACGGCAUGCCCAUCCCAUCCCACCGCGACCUGCACGCAUGGCACUCCUACUGUUUCGGCCGUGCACUGCCUUGUGAAAAAGGGGAGGGGGGCGAAGGGGCAGUAGGGGGAGGGGGUGUCAAACAGAAGGCGAAGAGGAGAUCGGGAAGGAAGGCGGGUGGUAAGGGUGAGGGAGAGGAUUGCAGAGAGGUGAACCAAGGGGAGGGGAGCGAGAGAGGAGAGAGUGAGGGUGGAGAGAGUGACGAGGAGGGAAGCAGAGAGGGGGGAGGGGAAGUGGAUGGGGAUGAUGAGGAGAAGGAUUUGAUUGGAGAAGAAGAGGGGGUUGCGUGGGAGGAGGACGUGGAUGGGGAGAGAGGGGGGGAUGAGGGAGUGGAGGGGGUUGGGAGUGGAGGAAGGGAGGAGGAGGUGGGUGGUGAAAGAGGAGAGGAGGAGGUGAAGGGUGAAAAGGGAGAGGAAGAAAAGGAGGAUGGUGGAGAGGGGAAGACGAAGGAGGGGGGUGAGGUUUGUUGUGGUUCGGAAGCAGAGGGUGGAGGGAUGGAGGAUGGAGAUAAGAGGGAGAGCGAGUGUGUGGAGAAAGGUGGAGGGGAAGACGAGAGAGGAGAGGGAGGGGAGGCGCGUGAAGCAGGAGCUGAUGGGAAUGUGGAAGGCGGGAGCUUGAGAGAGGAGGCGGACGGUGAUGCCGGUGCUAGCAUGCGUGACACGGCAUGUGACAUUCCACAUGACACUGCACAUGACACUGCACAUGAAACUUUACAUGACACUGCAGAUGACACUGCAUGUGACACUGCACAUGAUAUUGCAUCGGUUGCAAGUGAGAGCGAACAGGGAAAGCAGCAGCAGCAGCAGCAAGAAGAGGGACGAGGGGAAGGUGAGGCACCCAGAGGCCUGGCGCUGCUGCUGCCGUGCACGACAGCGCACAGCAAGGCACCCAAUGAAGGAAUCUCAAGAGGACUCACAGAAGGGCUGCUGGAAAAGCUGUCAGAUCAUCUGCCGGAGGCACUUUUGGUAAAGGGGCUUUCUGUGACGGACCCUGAAGGAGUUGCAGGGGGGACGGAGGAGGAGAGGGUGGUUGCAGAAGGGGAGACGGCAGGGGAUGGUGUGGCAGGGGAUGGUGUGGCAGGGGAUGGUGUGGCAGGGGAUGAUGUGGCAGAGGAUGGUGUGGCAGGGGAUGAUGUGGCAGGGGAUGGUGUGGCAGGGGAUGGUGUGGCAGGGGAUGGUGUGGCAGGGGAUGGUGUGGCAGGGGAUGAUGUGGCAGGGGAUGUGAUGGAAAGGGGCGAUGGAGGUGUGGGUUGUGAUGGAUUGGAGGCAAAUACGGAGCUCGGUGCUACAGAUGUUGUUGCUACAGAUGUUGGUGCCAUGGAUGCUGCUGCUACACCAACAGCAACUGCUGAGGAUAACAGUUUGACUGACGGCGGUUAUGAUGUAGAUGGUGAUUUGGAUGCCGACGCUGAUGUGGACACGGAAGAUGAUGCUGAGGUGGACGCUGACGUGGAAGCAGCACUGGACGAGAUGAUCAACUACUCGGGACCCCUGCCUCUGUGGGUGCCAGAUAAUGACAAAAGCAGCAACCCUGGUCUUGACCCAUCAGAAGACUUGACUGAGCAACCAUCCAUGCCCGUGCCAUGGCCGUCAGAUGCUGACGUGGCAGCCAUGGAGUGCGUGCUCCCGGGCCGGGCCAAUCAACUCGCUCCGUUGCUCGGCACGGUGCUACACUGUGACGCGGUUGGUCGCGCCGCGCUCCUCCGCGCCCAUGUGGACUGGGCCAUCGGCCAAUCAGCAGUCGACACGUGGCGUGGCAUGUGGCUGGUGGCGUGGGCGGCGGGGGUGGACGAGCCAAUAGAAGCGGAGACUGCAGCAUCACUGCGAGAGCUGCUGAGGAAGUGUGCUGGGCUGAGGGCUUCGAUACAGUCACGCGAGGAUCAAGGGCUGGAAAUGCUGAAUGUGCUUAUAGAGAUUGCAGGGGCGUAUUUCAAGCAGGGGUCUAAGGAGGAGAUGGAGCAGGCUGUGUGGGAGCAGGGAGGGGUUGAAGGAGAGGGAGUGGCAGGAGGGGGAGAAGGAUGGGGAGAGCAGGAAGGGUUUGGGGAGGCGGGUGCUGAUGGGGAGGGUGUAGAAAAGGAGCAGGAGAGCAUGGAGAUGAUUGGUGGAGGGGACCAUGUGAUGGAUGCAGCAGGGGGGGUUGAGGUGGGCACAGAGGUAGAGGCUGUAGUGUAG